AUGGCCAUCGCGCAAGCCUGUCUGGCAGGCCUCUCAAGCGAUCUCGGCAACAAGUCUGCAGCCGGCGCAUCCCUACUUUUCUACUUUAUUGCCCUCUUUUGCUUUCCUAUCGGUCUCUUCCUUGUGCCAUUCAUGUACGCCGCCGAGAUCGCAACGCUUCUUCGCACCCGUGCCAAGGUGACUGCAAUGUCAGCAGCUGCAAACUGGCUGUUCAACUUUGUUCUGGCCGAAGUAUCGCCGAUCGGCUUUGCAACUAUUGAAUGGCGGUACUAUAUUGUGUAUGCAUGCAUUAGUGCCUUUGGAUGCAUGGUCUUCUACUUCUUCUAUCCCGAAACAAAGGGUCGGACUCUGGAAGAGAUUGAUGAGGUGUUUAUUUUGUCGAAGUCGAUCUUCGAUACUGUCAAUAUUGCGCAGGAAAUGCCAUUCCAGACUGAUAUUCUGGCACAUAUUGAGGAUACCUAG